UAGCCUUCCUAAAGGCCUGGGCUUUUUCUAAAUGUAUGUCUUUAAUUUUUAUCCAAUAUACUUCUCUCACAGCAACAUAUCUUGUCUAUUCUAUUCCAGCCCAAUGCAAAUGCACAGCAAAUGUGAGCUGACUCUAGUCCUUCUUCUGACAACAGCCAUGGGAAAUUUAGGCAAAGAAUGUGUUGUCUUUGCUAACACUGCUCUUUAAGCCUCAGACAUAGCUAAACUCUCAGCUAAUUACCCCCUGGGUCCCAGGCUUUCACUGGGGCCUUUUAAAAUACACAAAACCAAAGUGACGGCAGGAGGCCAUUAGCACUACACAUUUCAAGCAAACAAUAAAUGUGUUUACUCUGCCUGGCUACUGACCACCUGCCUUCCCAUCCCGCCAGGCAGGUAUCUAUAUAUACGAUUUCCUUUUUCCCAGUCCUGCAGAGAAUGAGCCUCUCCUUUGGGCCUCAUCAUUUACAAAAGCAGCUUGGGCCCCUGACAGCAUGUAUCUCCUCUUAUUGCAGCUGCUAGUACUCCUAACUCUAGGAAAGGCCACACGGCACCAGGAUGGCCGCCAGAAUCAGAAUUCUCUUUCCCCUGCACUCCUGCCAAGGAAUCAAAGAGAGCUCCCCACCGGCAACCAUGAAGAAGCUGAGGAGAAGCCAGAUCUGUUUGUCGCAGUGCCACACCUUGUAGGCACCAGUCCUGCAGGGGAAGGCCAGCGGCAGAGAGAGAAGAUGCUGUCCAGAUUUGGCAGGUUCUGGAAGAAGCCUGAGAGAGAAAUGCGUCCAUCCAGGGACUCAGAUAGUGAGCACUUCCCACCUGGGAACCAGUCCCUCAUCCAGCCGAUAGACGGGAUGAAAAUGGAGAAAUCUCCUCUUCGGGAAGAAGCCAAGAAAUUCUGGCACCACUUCAUGUUCAGGAAAAGUCCGGCUUCUCAGGGGGUCAUCUUGCCCAUCAAAAGCCAUGAAGUACAUUGGGAGACCUGCAGGACCGUGCCUUUCAGCCAGACUAUAACCCACGAAGGCUGUGAAAAAGUAGUUGUUCAGAACAACCUUUGCUUUGGGAAAUGUGGGUCUGUUCAUUUUCCUGGAGCUGAGCAGCACUCCCAUACCUUCUGCUCUCACUGUUUGCCUGCCAAGUUCACCACGAUGCACUUGCCACUGAACUGCACUGAAGUUUCCUCCGUGAUCAAGGUGGUGAUGCUGGUGGAGGAGUGCCAGUGCAAGGUGAAGACGGAGCAUGAAGAUGGACACUUCCUACAUGUUGGCUCCCAGGAUUCCUUUAUCCCAGGAGUUUCGACUUAAAGAGCUAUCCCACUAUUACCUUUGAAAAGCAAAACCACACAGCAAAGAUGCUGAUUAUUCAGUCUGAAAAUGUUAAGUGGGUACAUAACAUUUUCAGGGAAAGGUGACUUGAAAAGUAGUUUUAAGAUAGAACGAUAGAGGAAAUGAUAUUAGUCUAGUUAUUGGUACAUGUUUGGGACCUUGUCUCAGUUCUGCCACUAACUGGCCAUAGAAUGUUAAGUUGUAAAACCUUUCUCCAUCUAAAGAUUUUCAUCUAUAAAUGAGGGACUCAACCUAGAUGAUUGCUAAAAUCCUUUCCACUACUAAUAUUCCGUGAUGUAUUUUCUCCAAGUUUGGGUAAAAGCCCUCCAUCUAAAGAAGGAAAAGAAAUAAGUGAGACCAUAAAAAUGGGCUUCUUUAAUAGUGUAUCAAAUCACCAGCAAGUAAACAAGCAAGAUAGAGAGGGAGGAAGGAAGGAAGGAAGGAAGGUAGAAGGAAGAAAGGAAGAAAGGAAGGAAGGAAGGAAGGAAGGAAGGAAGGAAGGAAGGAAGGAAGGAAGGGAGGGUGGGUGAAGUAUUUGUAGGAAAGAUUCUCAUACUUGUAGUUACUUUUGCAAUCCAAGCAGUGUUUUACUUGACUUCUAUCAGAUGAUUAAGUCUUUCCACAGAUGUCAGGAGUAAUUUGCUUGGUUGCCUCCUUUUUAACAAUACUCCUCGUAUAAAGUACUUAAUGUCAGGUGUCUGACUUUGAAGAAGGAACAGUGAUGUUACUUUUAGUAGUUUAUAUAGGGAAGAGGAACAAUCACUGGUAGCCAAGCAAGUACCUAUAUUAUGAGGAAGGAAAAAUACAUGACCACUACCAGGUUUAAAGAUCAAUCUAGAGAUGCUAAUGAAAGUAACCCCCAAGAAUUCAAUCUUCAGGCGAAAUUAUUUACUCACAUGCAUUUUGAGUUAAGUAGUAAGGUUUCUAUGUUUGAAUGACUGUUUUUUGCUAUUUAAUACAACUUUGUACUAUAAAUUUUAUUCAGCAAAUGCCAAAAUUACAGGUUCUGAAAAUAUUCUGGAUAUUUUAAUGCAUUAAAUUUUAGUAUAUGAAGCAUUCUGAAAAA